CCUGCCCAGCACUCGACGCUGUCCCGGAAGUUCGUGGAGGUGAUGACCGAGUACAACGCCACGCAGUCCAAGUACCGCGACCGCUGCAAGGACCGGAUCCAGAGACAGCUCGAGAUCAGUGAGGGGUCACUCGGGGGUCAAGGGGUCACUCUGGGGGUCAAGGGGUCACUCGGGGCCAUGCUGGUGGAGAGGAUCAAGAUGGACUCGCAGAUGACCAAGCAGGCGCUGAACGAGAUCGAGACGCGGCACAACGAGAUCAUCAAGCUGGAGACCAGCAUCCGCGAGCUGCACGACAUGUUCGUGGACAUGGCCAUGCUGGUGGAGAGCCAGGUGACCGCCGGUCAUCCCGAGUGA